AUGAAGACGUCAGUAUUACGCCAUCGCAUCGUGGACGAAGCGGAGACAGAGCUAUGGCCUGGAUCGUACGUCGGUCAUCCAAUCGCAUUUGUACAGCCAUCGGGCGACUCUAUCAACCAACUGACCGGGCCGUCGACCGUCAUCGCGGUUGAUCGCCUCAACUAUGCGCUCCGCACGGGAGCGACGGUGAAUGUUAUGGUACUUAACGCAUUGAAGCUCGUGGACCGACAAAACGAGGUGAUCGUCGCGUGUGGCAAGAGCAGAUCAGGCCUCCCAGCAAGCGUCACGACAACAAUCCUUAGUGUGCCUUUCACACCGGACGAGCGCGUCCCGUUAAUUCGACCG